ACCUGAAAUAGCAGGACAAUAAAGACUGGACAAAUGUUUGUCUCUGUCUGCUACCAUCCAGAAACUAUACAGAAAGGCACUUACCCCUUACAGCACCAGCAAAUUCCAGACAUGAAAAUUUAGGACAAUGGAAUGAUGAAUCGCCAGCAGUCAUAUAUGGAACUUUAAGGCAAGAUCCGGUCAGAUAAUAUUUUUGAAAAUUUCAGAAUUUUUUGAAAUAUAGGACCUCCUCUUCUUGAUAUGGUUUCUUGAGUUUCACAAACUUCCAUUGCCCUUCUCUCAAUCCGUUCACUUUUUGGUUGAGUCUUUCAAACAGAGUAACGUAUGGGAUAUUCUUCUUGAUGCCAUAUUGCGAGUUCUCUCACUCUCUGUGAAUAGGUAAGAGCUUUUCUCUCUGACUUUGCGAUAUUUUGUAGUGAAAUUGUACUUUUUUCAACACUCCGAAUCUUCCUAAAAAUUACUGGUUGCUCAUUCAGUAUAGUAUAGGCUCAUCACCACCUGCUAUUUAUGGCAAGAUCAGUUUACUGACUGUUCCAUGUUCGUAGCAACUUUUAUUACACAAGAAAGUAAUGCACCAAACGUUACUUGAUAAAAUACCGCUUUUUUUCAUAGAGCAAGAGAAAUAAGUUUACAGCUUAUUCAAUUAUAUUAUACCUUUUUUAUUGUAGUAAUUAUCUGAAAUCUUGCUUGUUUACUAGCUACUGAUUUCAUUUUAUGAUAAGCAUGUACACAAUGUUGUUGUUGAACUAUCCCAUUUGUAAUGAUGUUUAGCCACAACAUUUACCUCCCGCAUAACACGGUCGACCAUCAAGUGGAGUUUCAUUCCAAGAGGCCAGGCAGGGUGGUUCAAACCCUGGCCGGUUGAGGAAGAAGAGAAGGCCGAGGCAGCACAUGAGGUGGCAGCCAUGGCAGCACAACCAAUGCCGACGGAUAUAGACAGGCUGAACAAAACCAUUCUCUGCUAUGCCGAGACAAUUUACAGGUUUAAUGGCCUUUGGGAAGGACCCGACCCAUUGACUCCCCUCAUUUCUCUCUUCCUCAUCCAGCUUACAUUUUCCAUGGUCAUCAUCCACCUUCUUGUUUAUGCACUAAAACCCUUCCACCAGCCACCCUUUGUUGCCGAAAUUCUCGGCGGGAUACUGCUGGGACCUUCUGCAUUUGGGAGAAUAAAAGUAUACAGAAGGAUGAUGUUCCCAAAUUACUCUUUCAGAGUUUUGGAGCCAAUGGCACAUUUGUUCAUCGGAUAUUACGCCUUCCUAGCGGGAUUGAAGAUGGAUGUAAGAGCAAUUACGCGGACUGGAUCAAAGUCUCUCAAAGUUGCCAUUGCCGGAACAAUCAUUCCUUUCCUUUUCGGCUCAGCUGUGUUCUUCAUUUUCACAAAUGAUAAAUCCCAAAAGUUCGGUUUCCUUUUCUGGGGCGCUGCGCUUACUGUCACUGGCUUCUCUGUCCUAUCAAAAGUUCUUGAAACGCACCAAAUCCUCCACACUGAGAUUGGAAAGACAGCAUUAGCCUCCGCCCUCAUUAGUGAUAUGUGCUCCUGGGUUUUCUUAGCAGUUGCAUUUGCAGUGACGAGCUCUCCAUCAAACAGUCCAUGGUCACUUAUCAGUACUGUUGCCUUUCUUCUGCUCUGUGUCUUCUAUAUCCGGCCUGUCCUCAGUUGGAUCAUCCAGAAAACACCAGAGGGGCAAGGAUACAGUGAGUUCUAUAUAUGCUCGAUUCUCACAGGGGUGGCCCUCUGUGGAGUCAUCACAGAUACAUGUGGGACGCAUCCAAUGAUCGGAGCAUUCAUUUUUGGACUCGUGAUACCUAAUGAAGUGCUUGAAGCUACAAUCGUGGAAAAGCUGGACGAUUUUGUGAUGGGAAUCCUCGUGCCGGUCUACUUUGUGGUGUGUGGGCUGAGAACUAACAUUGAUGUCAUCUCCGACACCUCAUCUUGGUUUGUUGUGGGGAUUGUUAUAGUUUUAACCUGCACCGUGAAGGCACUUAGCUCUCUUAUCCUUACCAUGUUCUCUGACCUUCCAGUCAAUGAGGCAAUGGCAGUCGGAUUGUUGAGCAAUGCCAAGGGCAUCCUGGUGUUGGUCAUUCUUGAAGCUGGCCAAAUACAAGGGGCCCUGAGCACAGAGACUUACUCAAUGAUGAUGGUCGCAGUUCUGCUGAUGACCAUGAUUGUCACGCCAGCAGCAAUCUGGUUCCGGCCCGUGCAGAGUACUGUACCCUACAAGCGCCGGACACUACAGAAAGCCAAAUCAGACGAAGAGCUUCGGAUCCUCGCAUGCAUCUACAACAUACGGAAUGUUCCCACCAUCAUCAACCUCCUAAGGACUUCCAAUGCCAGCACGAAAUCCCCGAUAAGUGUCGUUGCCCUCCAGCUAGUUGAGCUUGUGGGGCGUGCCUCCACCAUGAUGGUGGUACAUGACUCGCAUUCUGCAGGCCCCAGGAACCCCAGCCACAUAGAGGCCCAAGCAGAUCAGAUCACCGCCGCUUUCGAUAACUACGAGCUCAGGUCUGAAGGCGUCCAGACACAGGCAGUCACCGCUCGGUGCGCCUACACCACCAUGGACGAGGACAUAUGCACCUUUGCCAAGGACAGGCGGCCAGCUCUAAUAAUCAUUCCAUUCCAUAAGCAGCAAACCCUAGACGGCGAAAUGGAAGAUAUUAAUCCCUCCAUCCGGAGCGUCAAUGAAGGCGUACUUGCAAAUGCACCUUGCUCUGUGGGAAUACUAAUUGACAGAGGGUUAGCCGAAUCACAUGAUCAUGCAUCCAACGUUGCUGUCUUGUUCUUUGGCGGCCCAGAUGAUCGGGAGGCGUUGGCUUAUGCAUGGAGGAUGGCUGAUAAUCCAGAUGUCAGGCUAACAGUGGUGAGAUUCAUCCCAAGCACAGAUGCAGAGAAACUGGAUCUUGUGGAAUCAAUUGAUAAGGACCAUUUAAGUCUCCCAAUUGACCAUGAAAGCGAGAAGCUGCUGGAUGAUGAUUACCUGGGCAAUUUCAAGACUGCAACCAUGAAGGAUAAAUCAAUAACCUACUGUGAAUUGGUGCUGAAUGAUGAGGAAGAAGCAAUUAAAGCCAUAAAAUUAAUGGAUGAAAACAGGCAUGAUCUUUACCUGGUAGGGAGAGGAAGAGGCAUGGUUUCACCACUGACAUCAGGGCUAGCCGACUGGUGUGACUGCCCGGAGCUAGGGCCGAUCGGCGACCUUUUGGUGACAUCAGAAUUUGAGUCUUCAUUUUCAGUGCUCAUAGUGCAGCAAUACAUUAAGACGGAUAAGGAUGGAUCAAUAAGGUCUGCAAACUCAGGGGACUUUGGCGAGGAAGUCAUAAUGAGACCGUCAGUGUCUGAGAGUGACGGAUUUGAGUCACUGCAUAGUUUCAGGAGGUGGGAUCAUGACAAUUGAAGAAUAAUCAUCCCAGAACAUCAGGCUUACUGCUCUUCCUCAAAACAGUAAAAGUAGAUUGGUUAUGCAUUUUCCAAAUCAACAUCCUCAAGCUUGCCUUGAAAUGCACUAAUAUAUUGUCCCAUUAAAGCAUGUGGAUGGACUUAGUAGCAUAACAUUAUAUAUCGGGUUGGAUUCAAUGGAAUAGGCCUUAAUCAGCUCUGGGAUUGAGCAUU